GGGGGGGAGGGGGGGUCGUGCCCCCCCCCCCCUCCGGUCCCGACCGCCCCCGGGGGAUUUGGUUAAUCCCCGGGCGGGGCUAAUCCCACCCCGGGGCCACCGGGAACCGCCGCGGGCAAGGGGAGCUGCGCAGCCAUGGACAUCGGCGGCCUGGAGACGGUGGUGGCCAAUUCGGCCUACGUGUCGGCCCGCGGCGGUCCGGGAGCGUCGGGACGGGACCGCCGGCAACGCGCCCGCCUCCGCCUGCCCCACAUCACCCAGUGCGAGGCCCUGCGCGCCCGCCUGGGUGGGGGGCACCCGCCCGGCGGCACCCACGGGGCGCAAGGCGGCGGAGCGCAAAAUGGCGGCGGAGGGGGCCCAGAUGGCGUCGCGGCUGGGGGCGGCCUUGCCGGGGAGGACGCUUCCUUCCGGUGGCAGUGCGUGGAGCAGCCAAUCGGGAAGCUGCUGUUCCAGCGGUUCCUGGAAGGGGCGCCGGGAUUGGCCGCGGCGGGGGCGCUGUGGGCGGAGCUGGAGGCCUACGAGCGGUGCGAGGAGGCGGAGCGAAGCGGGGCGGCCGCCGCCCUGAGGAGGCGGUUCUUCACCCCGGGCGGGGCCGAGCACUGCAGCUUCCUCAGCGCCGCCGCCACGGCCACGCCCACAGGCGCCACCACCUCUGCCGAGGACUUUGGGCAAGCGCGACGGGAGCUGCUGGCCCACCUGGAGGCGGUGGCCUGGACCCCGUACCGAGCGUCACCGGAGUUUGGGCGCUUCGUGCAGUUCAAGUGGCUGGAGGGGCAGACGGUGAGCGCCGAAGCCUUUGUCGACUUCAGGGUGCUGGGUAAGGGUGGCUUCGGUGAGGUCUGCGCCUGCCAGCGCCGCACCACCGGCAAGAUGUACGCCAACAAGCGCCUCAACAAGAAGCGUCUCAAGAAGCGCCAGGGCUACGAGGCGGCACUGGUGGAGAAGCGGAUCCUGGCGCGGGUGCACAGUCGCUUCAUCGUCUCGCUGGCCUGCGCCUUCCAGACCAAGACCGACCUCUGCCUCGUCAUGACACUCAUGAACGGCGGUGACCUGCGGUACCACGUGUACAACGUGGACGAGGACAACCCUGGGUUCCCCGAGCCGCGGGCCGUGUUUUACACCGCCCAGAUCCUGCUGGGGCUGGAGCACCUGCACCAGCACCGCAUCGUCUACCGUGACCUCAAGCCCGAGAACGUCCUCCUCGAUGACGCCGGCCACGUCCGUCUGUCCGACAUGGGUUUGGCCGUGGAGCUCAAGGAGGGACAGACCAAAACCCGCGGAUACGCUGGGACGCCAGGGUUCAUGGCACCGGAGGUGCUGCGGGACGAGGAGUACGACUGGGCCGUCGACUACUUCACGCUGGGGGUGACCCUCUACGAGAUGCUGGAGGCCAAGGGACCCUUCCGCAGGCGGGGGGAGAAGGUGGAGAACAAGGAGGUGACACGGCGCAUCCUACAUGACCCCGUCAGCUACUCGGACCGGUUCAGCCCGGCGGCGCGGGCCGCCUGCGAGGGUCUGCUGGCCAAGGACUCCAGCGCCCGCCUCGGCUUCCGGGAGAACGACUGCGCCCAACUCAAGGCGCACCCCCUCUUCGCCGCCAUCAACUGGGGGCGCCUCGAGGCAGGUCUGGUGCCCCCCCCUUUCGUCCCGGACCCCCGUCGGGUGUACGCCAAGGAUCUGGGGGACGUGGGGGCCUUCUCCUCGGUGCGGGGGGUGGAGUUGGACGAGGGGGACGCGGCGUUGUGUGACACCUUCGCCUCGGGGACCGUCCCCAUCCCCUGGCAGGAGGAGCUGAUCGAGACGGGGGUCUUCAAGGAAUUGAAUAUUUGGGGACCCCCCGGGACCUUACCCCCCGAUUUGGAUCCGGCUAGUGCGCCUGGCGGGGGGGUACGGUCCGGUACUUGCUGUUUGCUGUGAUGGGGUGGAGGGGCACCCCAAAUUUGGGGGGGGGGAUAAAAGUGGGGGUACACUACCUUGGGGUAUGGGGGGGGGGUCUCAAAAGUUGUGGGUUCCUCACCCUGGGGUAUGGGGGGGGCUCAAAAGUGGGGACCCCCCGUAGAGUAUAUGGAAUGGGGAGGGUCAAAAGUGGGGGUUCCCCAGCUUGGGGUACAGGAGGGAGCUCAAAGGUGGGGGGGGGCCCUCCCUUGGGUUAUCUGGAAUGGGGGACCCCAAAAGUGGGAGUCCCCCACUUCGGGGUAUGGGGGGCUAAAAUUGGGGGUCCCCUCUCUGGGGAUAUCUGGACUGGGGGGGACCCCUGUGUUGGUCCCCCAAAUGGGGCAGCCCAAAAGUGGGGUUCCCCCCCACCUUGGGGUAUCCAGAAGAGGAUGUGGGGGGGGGGGUCCCUCCCAUGGCAUUCGGGGGACUCUAAAAUUGGGGGGUGUCCUCCCCCAGGGUAUAUGGAAUGGGGGUCCCCUGUGGGGUAUCUGGAAGGGGGGGACCCCCAAAAUGAGGCAGUCCAAAAUGGGGGUCCCCUCUGGGGCAUUAGAUAUGGGGGUCGUGUCCCCCCCGGGGUAUAGGGGGGGCCCAAAAGUGGGGGUGUCCCCCCUGGGUACCUGGAAUGGGGGGGCAAAAGUGGGGUACCCCCUGGGGAAUCCCUAGGCUGCACCCCCAAAUAGGGGACCCCCAAACUGGGCCCCCCCCAGGGGUAGCCCUGUACGGAACCCCCCAAAAUUGAGGCCACCCCUCAGGAACACCCCAAAACCCCACGACCUCCCCCCAAAUCCCCCUCCCCCUGGGAAGGGGAGACACCCCAAAAGUUGGGGGGGGCCCUGGGGACACCCCAAAACACGAGCUCUCCCCCCCCCCCAACUGAAGGACUCCCCUCCCUCAGACCUCAGGGGCCCCCCCCCCUCAGCUCGGUGCCACCCUGGGGAGGGGGACACACCAAUCCCCCCCCCAAAUGACCCUUCCCUGGGGUUGGGGUCCCCCAAAACUCACCUCAUGCCCCCCC